AUGCAGGAUGAUGCCUGGGAGAUGGACAGUCCAGCUGCCUCGUUAAGCGCUUCGGCUGGCCCGAUGGACGGAUCUCCGGAGAUUCUGCAGGACCUCGUUCCCGACCUGAACUUGGAGACCCUGCAACGUGCUGCGCGAUGCAUCGCGUGGAUGACCUUCACUUGCCGGCCACAGAACUCCUUCGCCGUGGAAGUGUACAUGGGUGGUGCCUUCUUGACGAAGAGGCUCGUCGAUGGGAUGGUUCGCGCCAUUCAAGCUGUUCGGGCUGACGCGAUGCGCGGGGAAGCUUUGCCUGUCUGCGGCUCCAGGAGCUCUGCGUCUCAGGAGCCUCCAGUGCUUUUGAGCUUCGACGGGAGGUCAGAAGCAAUUGAUGGUUUCUUGAGCGAGCAGCCAGCCACUCAGCGCAUUCAGGACAUUUUACUGGCUGCGCACGGCUUGGAGGUUCAUCGCCUCAGCGGGCAACCGCUGCCCCUCGCAGGACGCCUGCAUCGGCAUCUGCAGGGCUCCUUGCCGAAGAUGAUAGCGGUGCAUGGUUCUGCAUAUCCGAGUGAGCUUUGCCCAAGGGGCUGUGGACGUUCUAUGGAAGGAUCCUUUGAUGUGCUGGACUGUUUCCGGUGUCCUCGGCCGAGGAAGAACCAGAGUACGCUGCGAGAGAUUUGUGAAGAGCUGGCUGACAGGACGUUGGAGCUCGCCGUUAUCGACACAGGUGGUCCGGCGAUCGAAGAGUGGCACGUUCUCGAAACGCACUGUCGUCCGCGCAGUGUUUUCCUGAUGAACAUCAACUUGCCACUACACGAGGGCUGGAUCGCAGAUCGGCUGCUGGGCGCGGGGAUGCCAUGGCGCGAGGUCUUGUCUGGCACCCUCCGAUGGGGAUGGAGCUAUCCUCACAUGCUCGGUUUUGUCGAGGAAGCACGUUGGAUGUAUCUUGUGGACUUUUCACGGUGGUGA